AUCAGUCCCUCUCUGGCCCAUUGCUUUCUGACCAGGUCCAUUUACAUCAGAUAAGUCUUCACAUCUGAAAACCAACUGAAACCAUGGCCCAAAUCAAAACCCAAGUUUUAGAAAUCCUCAAUAAGAACAUAGCAGGCCUGCAUAUAUGGAGAAUAGAGGACAAGGAAAUGGUGCCCUUACCCACCAAGACAUAUGGAAACUUUUACGAAGGGGACAGCUAUGUUGUCCUUUAUAUAAACAAAAUGCGUGGCUCUUUCACCUACGACAUCCAUUUCUGGCUGGGGAGGUCCUCCUCCCAAGGCGAACAGGAGGCGGCAGCUACCUACACCACCAUGAUGGAUGAGGCCUUGGGUGGCGUGGCUAUCCAGCACCGUGAGGCCCAGGGAUAUGAGAGCGACACCUUCCGUGGAUACUUCAAAAGGGGCCUUAUUUACAAGAAGGGUGAUGUUGCCUCUGGGAUGAAGCAUAUGGACACCAAUACUUACAAUGUAAAACGACUGCUCCACGUCAAGGGACGGAAACAUGUGGUUGCAGCAGAGGUGGACAUAAGCUGGAACAGCUUCAACAAAGGUGACGUCUUCCUGUUGGAUUUGGGAAACCUCAUUAUCCAGUGGAACGGCCCCAAGAGCAACCGCAUGGAGAGACUCAAGGGAAUUAACCUGGCCAAAGACAUCCGUGACAGAGAGAGGGGCAGGCGGGCACAAGUUACGGUGGUGGAGGGCGAUGACGACAAGUCAUCCGAGGAGGCCAUGAAGGUGAUGAAGCAGCACCUCGGAGACAGGCGGGAUAUCAAGGAUGUUAUUGCCCCUGAUGACAUGGUGGACUACAAGCUGAGGACUGGCAUCAAGCUCUUCCAAGUCUUAGAUGUCGAAGGUAACCUGGUGGUUCAGGAGGUGGCAGUGAAGCCUUUGAAACAGGAGUUCCUCCAUCAUGAGGACUGUUAUCUUUUGGAUCAAGGUGGAACAAAGAUUUUCAUGUGGAAAGGAAAGAAGGCCUCUCAAAAUGAACGCUCUGAGUCACUGAAUAAAGCAGCAGCAUACAUAAAGGCAAAGGGCUAUUCUCCCUCCACCUAUGUGGAGACGGUGAAUGAUGGUGCCGAGUCAGCUACGUUCAAGCAGUUAUUCCAGAGUUGGACUGUCAAAGGCCAGACGGUGGGAUUAGGGAUGGUAAACAGCCCAGGAAAAAUUGCUAAAGUUGAGCAAAUCAAGAUUGAUGCCACCUCUAUGCAUGCGAGGCCGGAUCUGGCUGCCCAGAAGAAAAUGGUGGAUGAUGGGACAGGUGAAGUCAAGGUCUGGCGGCUAGAAGACAAUGAACUGGUUCCAGUGGAGCGGAAAUGGUUUGGGCAUUUCUAUGGCGGUGACUGUUACCUCAUCCUCUACCAAUAUGAAGUCAACUAUAAGAAGCACUAUAUACUGUACAUCUGGCAGGGUCGCCAUGCAAGUAAAGAGGAGCUCACUGCCUCUGCUUUUCAAGCCAUCCAAUUGGACCAACAGUACAACGGAGAGCCUGUGCGGGUCCACGUACCCAUGGGCAAAGAACCUCUCCACCUCAUGGCUAUAUUCAAAGGAAAGAUGAUCGUAUAUGAGGAGGGAACUGCCAGACCCAACCGCACACGUGCCCAUCCGUCUGUGCAUCUCUUCCAAGUGCGUGGCACGAACGAGUUCAACACCCGGGCCAUGGAGGUCCCUGCACGCUGCUCCUCCCUCAAUUCUAAUGACGUAUUUUUACUCAACACAGACUCCUGCUGCUAUCUGUGGUAUGGAAAGGGAUGCAGUGGUGAUGAGCGAGAAAUGGGUAAAUCUCUUGCAGACAUCAUAUCCAGACAGGAGAAAUAUGUCAUUGCAGAGGGCCAAGAGCCGGCACACUUCUGGGUCAAUCUAGGCGGGAAGACACAAUAUGCCCACAGUAAAAGAUUUCCGGAGGAGUGCGACAUCAUCACUCCCCGUUUGUUUGAGUGCUCCAACCAGACGGGACGCUUCUUGGCCACGGAGAUCACCAACUUUGACCAGGAAGACCUGGAUGAGGAUGACAUCAUGCUGCUUGAUAUUUGGGACAUGGUGUUCCUCUGGAUUGGAAAAGGUGCCAACAUAGUGGAGAAAGAGGCAGCAGUUACAACAGCACAGGAAUACCUGUGCUACCAUCCAAGCGGGCGAGAUGAGGAUACCCCCAUUGUUCUGGUCAAACAGGGCUUUGAGCCCCCUACUUUCACUGGGUGGUUCCUUGCCUGGGACCCCCAAAUGUGGAGUAGAGUUAAAUCCUACGAGGAGCUGAGGUCUGUGCUUUGGGAUGCCACUGAUGUCAUCAAAAUCACGGUGGAUAAGAACAAGAACUCUGUCCAGACCACUACAACAAUGGGGAUCCCUACUCCCUCAGUGCUACCCAUCCUCCCUGCUGAUAAGCUGCUCAAUAACCUGUCUGAUGACCUGCCAGACACGAUUGAUCCAACAAGGAAAGAGGACUAUCUAUCAGACGAAGACUUCACUCGAGUCCUGGGCGUUUCACGGCUCGACUUCUACUCAAUGCCACUCUGGAAGCAACAAAAUCUGAAGAAAGAGAAGGGUCUCUUCUAGGAGGGAGGAGACAACGGAGACCCCCGGGGUCCAUUUUUGACAGUUUAACUUGUAAUUGUUUUAUGUGUCAUUGUAAAGUGGUGGUUUAGAUAUGCCACCUGGAAUUGAAGAGAGGAAUGGUAAAUCUGUACAUGCUAUUAUUUAAGAGUGCAUCAAUGGUAAAGAUGUUUGCACAAGAACAUAGAAAAAAAUCCUAAUGUAGAAUAAAUUAACUCUCAUGUUGUCAGCCGUUCCUUGUUUGCUUUCAAUAUGCUGGCAACGCAAGGUUGGGAACAAUUGACAAUCAAUAUCAAGAAUUACUGGUGUCACAUAUGAAUAAGGAUAUGGUGGAAAAAGCAUUAUUGUGUGUACCUUGUUGUUAGAUUUAUUG